GCAAAUGGCAGUGGGUAGCUUUCAAAGCGCCUGGUGAUUGUCUUUAGCGUUUGAAGCGCGACAAGUGCCCGAGCACCCGCCGCGGAGAUGGACACGGAGAUCGAUCAGAACCUGGAGCAAAUAACGCGCGAAUAUGUCGACUUCCUGGACGACGCGGAGGACCAGGGCAUAUACGCCACGAUGGUGAAGAACAUGAUUCAGGAAGACAAGUACAGGCUGGUCGUGAACAUCAACGACUUGAGGAGGAAAAAUCCAGCCCGCUCGACGAGCCUGCUGAACAAUUCCUUCGAGGAGCAACUGGCCUUCCAGAACGCCCUGAAGCAGUACAUCUCGAGCGUGGACAUCGACUACGCCAAGAGCAACAAGGAUUUCUUCGUAGCGUUCGAGGGUAGCUUCGGGAACAAGCACGUCACACCGAGGACGCUCACCUCUCGUUACCUGGGCAACUUGGUGUGCGUGGAGGGUAUCGUCACGAAAUGUUCACUGGUACGACCGAAAGUUGUGAGGAGCGUCCAUUAUUGCGACGUGACCAAGACAGUAUUGGAGCGGGCCUAUUCAGAUCUAACUUCCCUGGAGGCUUUUCCCCACUCGGCUGUUUAUCCGACUACUGACGAGGACGGCAACCCGCUUGAAACGGAAUUCGGUCUGUCGACCUACAAGGAUCAUCAGACGCUCACCAUACAGGAGAUGCCGGAGAAAGCCCCGGCCGGUCAGCUGCCACGAAGCGUGGAUGUAAUUUGCGAUAACGACCUCGUGGACAUGUGCAAGCCCGGGGAUCGCGUGCAGAUUGUCGGAAAUUUCCGGUGUCUCCCGGGGAAACAAGGUGGAUACACAACUGGAACUUUCAAGACGGUCCUAAUCGCCAACAACAUAAUGCAGCUCAGUAAAGAGGCGAACCUCGCCAUCUCUCACGACGAUGUAGCUAUGUGUAAGAAACUGGCGAGGCAUAAUCCCUGCAAGAAUAUCUUCGAGCUCCUCGCAAAGUCCCUUGCGCCAUCCAUACACGGCAAUGCAUACAUAAAGAAAGCGAUACUCUGCCUUCUCUUGGGUGGCGUUGAGAAGGUUUUGCCAAAUGGCACGAGGCUGAGAGGAGACAUAAAUGUGUUAUUAAUUGGAGAUCCAUCGGUGGCCAAGUCGCAACUGUUACGUUACGUGUUGUGCACCGCUCCGCGAGCGAUUCCGACCACGGGAAGGGGAUCUUCCGGCGUUGGUUUAACGGCAGCGGUUACGGUCGAUCAGGAGACCGGCGAGCGCAGAUUGGAAGCGGGCGCGAUGGUCCUAGCGGACCGCGGCGUCAUUUGCAUCGACGAAUUCGAUAAAAUGUCAGACAUCGACAGGACGGCGAUACACGAGGUGAUGGAGCAAGGCAGAAUCACGAUCGCGAAAGCGGGCAUUCACGCCAGCCUGAAUGCACGUUGCUCGGUGCUGGCGGCUGCGAAUCCUGUGUACGGGAGAUACGAUCAGUACAAGACUCCCAUGGAGAAUAUCGGCCUACAAGAUUCUCUGUUGUCGCGUUUCGACCUGCUCUUCGUUAUGCUGGACGUGAUUGACUCGGAUCAGGAUCACGUGAUUAGCGAUCACGUCGUCCGGAUGCAUCGAUACAGAAGUCCCCUGGAACAGGACGGGGAGGCUUUGAGCUUGGGCUCAAAGCUGGACAUGCUGACCACGAAGAAUCCGGAUGAUGUGGCUACCGAGGAGACGCAGUCCCAAGUUUACCAGAAAUACGAUCCGCUUCUACAUGGGCAAACGCGGUCUAAAAAAGACCAGAUCCUCACCAUACAGUUCAUGAGAAAGUACAUACACAUUGCACGGUGCAUGAAACCCAAGCUCACGGAAGAAGCUAGCGCGGUGAUAGCGGAGGAAUAUUCGAAACUUCGAUCGGAGGAUAUGGUGGAAUCCGACGUUGCGAGAACUCAACCGGUGACCGCGAGAACUCUGGAAACGCUGAUUCGGUUGUCCACAGCGCACGCAAAGGCACGGCUCUCGAAGAACGUGGAGAGCGAGGACGCAAGCGCCGCGAUAGAGCUCGUGCAGUUCGCCUAUUUCAAACGCGUGCUGGAAAAAGAGAAGAAGAAGCGGCGACGUCACGACAGUGACGCGUCGGACGAGAUGGACGAGGAGAGACGGCCGAAGCGCUCUAGGAAGACGACGGGAGACGAGAUCGACCCGUACGAGUACGACAGCGACGACGAGCAUAUCGAGCAGGCGACCAGAAGAAUAACCAGGACGCAGUCGCAAAAGAUCAGCACGCACACGGAGUCACACAGUAGCCACACACCAGAGGCCGAAAGCGCGGAGGCCGAAGGCGCGGAGGCCGAAGGCGCGGAGGCCGAAGGCGCGGAGCCCUCCGGGCGUUCCGUUCCCGAAACAGCGACGCCGACAAUCACGCAAGAAAGACUCACGGUGUUCAAAUCGUCGCUCAAUAAGUUGUUCCAAGAACGAAGGGCUCAGAAUAUUCUGAAGACGGAGGUCAUCGAUUAUCUCAACGCAACGCUUUCCCUGAACUUCACACCUGACGAGAUUAACGCCGCUAUCAGCACCAUGACGGAUGCAAAUCAGAUUAUGGCUGUGGAAGAUUUCAUUUUCCUGAUAUAAAACAUUUUUUGUAAUAUUUCGUUAUUACAAUUCGUUAUGUUUUAAACAAUAAUUGAAGCAGAUCACAACUUGAGCCAUUAAUUUGGAAUAAAAAAAGUUAAUCCGCUCGCUGCAACUACAUUAGAUCGUGAAACGAGAAAAAACAUGCAUUAUAGCUACAAUAAAUAAUUAGUUGUGCUUUUUCUAAUUUAUACAUGUCUUCGAGAGAAAUAUAAAUAUUUUUAUACCGUUUGUACGCGAACAAUCAAUAAUAAUAAGCUGUACACGUUUACGAAUAA